AUGAGCGUCGUGAAUACCGAGUUGCGGAGGCGGGUCAUUGCCAUUUACAAGGAACUCCUCUACUUGGGCCGAGAAUACCCCCUCGGCUACGAUUACUUCCGCCCCCGCCUGCACAAGGCGUUUUCCGCGAAUGCUGCGCUGCGGGAUGAGGAGGCUAUUCGAAGGGGGAUCGAGAGGGCCGAGUUUGUGAAGAAGGAAAUCGAAGCAUUGUAA